CUCUGGAUGAUGACACGUGUACUCCACGUGGUCGUCGAAGAAGCACACUUUGCUAGGGUGAUUACUCUUCAAUCUUCCCACCUGAAAUUUUCGACACGUGAAGGUCAACAACACCCUCUCUCGUUUCUCGAUGUCCGCAGGGCUCUCGCCGCCCCCCCACACCCUCUUGAGCUCGGCUAUGGCGACAUCGAAUUUGUCGGUCGCUUUCAGGAGAGAGUAAGCCAUGGAGGUCUCUGAUGCCGAUGUAAUGCUUCGUCUGGAUCCCGACUUCAUGAAGCUGGUCCUUUUCAUGUUCUGGAUGACAGUCGCGGUGCUCUCUAAACUACGCACAACCUCCGGAGUCAUGAUGGUCGACGGCGAAGCUGCUAAUGCAGCUGCAACUGCCGCUGAUGAUGAUGAUGAGGAGGAGGAGGAGGAGAAGAAAGAAGACAACGUUGAUGAUGACGCCAUAGACAGACGCAGAACGAGCAAUUGCAGCAAGUUAGAAGAGGAGGAGGAGGAGGGCGGAGGAGGACAAGGAGGAGGGGAGGACGACGACGACGAUGACGACGCGCAGCGAGCAAAAGAGAAGAAAAAGGAGGAGGAGGAGGAGGAGGAGGAGGAGGAGGUGGAGGGUGUCAACGUGUGAGAUCUGGCGGAUCGUUUAGCUGAAAGGGGCGAGGAGAGGAGAAUGAACCCGUAGCCCUAGA